AGUGACCCAAAAUAUAAAAAGCUUUUAAUGUUUUGAUUGUGGUGUCACAGAAUUUUGUUGAGAAUUUUUUCAUUAUUUUUGCAAACGCUGUUCCUGCCGAACACAGAAAUAUGAGCAGGAGUCGUUCAAGAAGUCCAGUACGGCGGAGAAGGGAUUCCCGUCGGAGAGAUUCCCCAAAUGAGAGGAGAAGCUACAAAGAAAAGUCAAAACGACGUUCCCGGAGUCGUAGCCCACGUCGAAGGAGCCCCAGUCGACGCAGUCCCAGCAGACGUAGCCCCAACUAUCGUGAGGAGCGCAACAAUCACCGGCAGACCAAUGGAGAUGAUCACCAUCGUCGAGGAGGUCGAGCGGAGUAUUCCCGGACAAGAGACAGAAGUGCAUCACCAGCAAAACGUUUCAAAAACUCCGAGGAUAGGUGGCCGAAUGAUAAAUUUGAGGAAUCCAAUGAUUCCCGCAAUAGAAGUGACAGAAGCUAUCAGAGAUCAAGCAAGAAACCCCCCAUGGAUGAACUUUUCAAAACACGACGCUUCCAGAGGGAGAUAAUUGGGUCAGAAGGAGCAGAAUCCGUAUGGGGAACAUCUCCAGCACGAUCAGAAAUAUUUUCAGAUGAUGAAAAAGCUCCUUCCGAGGAGGAGAAGAAAAAAUCUUCAGAGCACAAGAAGGAUAAAAAAAAAUCAAAGGAAAGGAAGGAGAAGAAGAAGGCAAAGAAAAAGAAGAGUAAGAAGAAAAGUAAGAAACGGAAGAAGUCUUCCUCUGAUGAUUCAUCGAGUGAGGAUGAGGUUUGGGUGGAGAAGUCAGCUAUUGGUUCCAAGGAGAAAUCAAAGGAUGGGGAUGACAAUGAAAAGGAGGAAGUUGGCCCUGUAAUUAAAUCCAGCUCAUCACUAACUCAGAAAGACUUUGGACAUGCUCUUCUACCGGGCGAGGGUGCUGCGAUGGCGGCAUACAUAGCUGAAGGCAAGAGAAUCCCUAGGAGAGGUGAAAUUGGAUUGACUUCUGAUGAAAUUGCAAACUUUGAAUCCGUGGGAUACGUCAUGAGCGGCAGUAGACACAGACGCAUGGAAGCUGUGCGUAUCAGGAAGGAGAACCAGAUUUAUUCAGCAGACGAGAAACGUGCCCUGGCGAUGUUCAGCAAAGAGGAGCGACAAAAGAGGGAGAACAAAAUCCUUUCUCAAUUCCGGGACAUGGUCAAUUCAAAGAUCAAAGGCGAUCAGUAGCAUCAGAAAUGGAACCAGCAUGAUUGUAUUUAAUGUUCUAUCAAUAGAAAUAGAUCACCUAUUGCAAGGAAAUUAC